CUCACGGCGUUCGUCGGGAGCCUUUCCAGCUGGUAGCGCAGCUGCUAUGCUAUGCUAAGCGGCUAGGCUAAGCUAGGCGAAGCGGCCACCGGCAAGAAUGGCAAGGUAGGCGACGUUCCCUCUCGUUUUGGCUCACUUUGUGAGGAAUGCAUCUGCCUAAGAAAUGUUCGGCCUUCCGCAUGGUGCUGAGCGCUCUGCUGCUGGUGGCGCUGCUGCAGCUCCUCUACCUGUCCUUCUUGUCCAAGUUGCACGGCAAGCAGCAGCGCUACAGCUACUCGGAGCUCUUCGGGGGCUCCGGCCCGGGGAGCGUCGCGGCGCACGCCGAGAAGAACGCCCGCAAGGAGCGCCUGAGAUAUUCCCUUUCCACGGGGGGGAUCUUUGACCACAGCGGACAGUACCGCGUGUACAAGAACAUGGUUCAGAGCGACUUCGCCAACAAGCCGGCUUCCAAUGUUCUCACGCUGGCCACCCACACGACCAUCAACAACCUUCACCACCUGGAGGAUCUGGUGGAGCGGUGGCGCAACCCGCUGUCGGUGGCGAUCUUUGCGCACGGCCAGGACGUCAAGUUUGCCACGGCGCUGGUGUACGCGCUGGGCGUUUUGUGUCCUCGCUUGCAGGCCCUGGUGGACUUCCACCUGGUGUGUCUCUCGGGGGAGACGGCCAGCUUUCCCGAGGAGGACCACCACCACUUUGCCGGCCUGGGCGACUGCGCUGCUGUCUUCGCCCGGCUGCAAGCCCACAGGGACAAAUACAAGAACUACGCUAUUGGCGCCGACGUCUCCUACCCCAAUAACCUCCUUCGGAACGUGGCCCGAGGAGGCAGCGAGGCCUCCUACGUCCUCGUCAUUGACAUCGACAUGAUGCCUGCGGCUGAUCUGCACCGGCAGUUCCUGGAGAUGAUCGCCGGGCGCCGGCCUGACCCGGACCAGGUUUUCGUCUUGCCCGCCUUCGAGAUCCGCCACACCAGGAAGAUCCCGGCCACCAAGGCGGAGCUGGUGCGGCUAUACCAGGUGGGCGAAGUGAGACCUUUCUAUGAGGAGCUGUGCCCUCGAUGCCAAGCCCCCACCAACUACUCGCAGUGGGUCAACAGCCACGUCCGGGACACUUCGGGCGUCCUGGAAGUGGCCUACACGCUGACCUGGGUGGAUCCGUGGGAGCCUUUUUACAUCGGCCCGCGCAGCGUGCCCCUCUACGACGAGAACUUCAAGCAGUACGGCUUCAAUCGCAUCAGCCAGGCCUGCGAGCUCCACGUAGCCGGCUUCAAGUUCUCCGUGCUGACCUCGGCCUUCCUGGUCCACCGCGGCUUCAAGAUCCAGGGCGAGUUCCACGCUAAGAAGGACGAGGAAAACAAUCGCAACCGGCUCCUGUUUCGCAGCUUCAAAGAGGCUCUGAAGACCAAAUAUCCAAACUCCGCCAGGCGAUGCUAAUAUAAAGAAUAAAAAAUAGGGGGGAUUGGGGCCAUCCUCCACAUUAACAUCCUUAUUGUGAGGAAGAGAAACUGCUCCGUGAUGUCCGUCAGUGACCACUAGAUGGCAGCAGACGCGCUGAGACCCGACUGAUAGUUGACGUUGUACUUUUGACAUUUUUAUGCUUGUAUUUGUAUUUAUUGUAAAAUGGCACAUCCCUCGUCAAUCACCCUUUUUGGCAGAGAAAACGACUUGCCUUCUAUUUAUUUUUACUUUUGGGUAGCACUGCUCGUCUUCUGCCUUGAUUCUUUGCCCGAAGUAUGACGUUGCCAUGACAAGCACAACAGGAAGUCAAUCUUUCUAUCCGUAGACAAAGUACCCACACAAUGAGUACUUUCAGUUCGAGGCUUUUAUUCUGUCUCCAUAAGUAUUCCAACCUUAAGUUUUGGGAACUUUUGUUUCUGGCUACCCAGGAAAAAGAGUCAGCUGGGCAUGUGACACCUGGAACCUUUGGUGCUAGUUUCGAAAGCCCCUCUGUGGCAUUGUUCAUUGUGUGUUAGCAUCAAGCUAGUGUCGUAAGCUAGCUAGGGAUGACAAUGUUAAUACGGUUUUGUUUAAUACACAACAGGAAGGUUUUAGUUUUAACAUAGGUCAAACUACAACUGGGACAAUAAACAUCUUGAUGCAAUCGCU